AUGGCUAGAACAUUCUUCGUUGGUGGUAACUUCAAGAUGAACGGUACCAAGGCUUCCAUUAAGGAAAUCGUUGAGAGAUUGAACUCUGCUUCGAUUCCAUCCAACGUGGAAGUUGUGAUUGCUCCUCCAGCUGCCUACUUGGACCACGCUGUCUCUUUGAACAAGAAGGCUCAAGUCAGUGUUGCUGCCCAAAACGCAUACUUGAAGGCUUCCGGUGCUUUCACUGGUGAAAACUCUGUGGAGCAAAUCAAGGAUGUUGGUGCCGAAUGGGUUAUCUUGGGUCACUCCGAAAGAAGAACGUACUUCCACGAAACCGAUGAAUUCAUUGCUGACAAGACCAAGUUCGCUUUGGACAGCGGUGUCAAGGUUAUCCUAUGUAUUGGUGAAACCUUGGAAGAAAAGCAAAAGGGUAUCACUUUGGAAGUUGUCCAAAGACAAUUGCAAGCUGUUUUGGACAAGGUCCAAGACUGGACCAACGUUGUUGUUGCCUACGAACCAGUCUGGGCUAUUGGUACCGGUUUGGCUGCUACCUCUGACGAUGCUCAAGACAUCCACCACUCCAUCAGAGAAUUCUUGGCCAAGAAGUUGAACAAGGACACCGCUGAAAAGAUCAGAAUCCUAUACGGUGGUUCCGCUAACGGUAAGAACGCUGUCACCUUCAAGGACAAGGCCGACGUUGACGGUUUCUUGGUUGGUGGUGCUUCUUUGAAGCCAGAAUUCGUUGACAUCAUCAACUCCAGAGUCUAA